CAGAUGGGAGUGGUUUAGAGGGAGAGGGAGGGAAGAUGAAGGCCCUCCCUCGCCGUUGCCAGGGAAACUUGAUGUCACGGUGACAUCAUAAACCACUAAAAGCUUUUAACCGGAUUCCUCUCCCGCCUUAGGCCCCAUUUUGAGUCCUCUUUCAGCGAGGCUGGGGGGAAGGGCACAGGCAGCAACGGUGAGCGUGUGAUGCCUCCUUGCAUGCCUCAUACCCUCACUGCAGAUUCAACACAGCUCUCAGAUCAGUAAAACCCUUUCAAACUCAACCUGGAAAGCUUCUGUUUCUGCAAGCACACAGGUCAUCAACAGAGCCAUUUCAAACAUGGCAGUAGAGGACAGUUUCAGCUACCUAAUGCCAGGCCACAGUGAGAAGCACCGGCGGGCCCCCAACUGGACCGACGGGGAAAUGAAGGCCCUCCUGUACGUGUGGGAGGAAUACCACAACGAACUCAAAAUGAGCAAGAGGAACGCCAAGGUUUACGAGAAGAUGUCCCAGAGAUUUUUCCAGCUGACUGGAGAGCAGCGCUUCAAAGAGGAAAUCAAGAUGAAAAUCACCAACAUGUCUUUCCAGUACAGGCGACUAAAGUCCACUCUCGCUGAAGGUGCAGAACCCCCAGACUGGCCCUACUACAAGCCCAUUGAGAAGAUCCUGUCUAAACCGCUGGAGAACGGGCGGGUGAACUCUUUUGAGUACCACGCCUCGACCCCAGGGCCGUCGACCUCAGCCCAGCCUGCGGACAACCUGGGGCUCCAGGCCGAGGAGGGCAUGGUUGGAUUUCUGCCAGAGUACACAGGCUCCUCAGAUGAGAUGGAGAUAAAACAAGAGCUGGACUCUUUCAGCUCUGACAGCGAGCACACACAGGGAUCCAGCUCCCAUCCUACUUUGUCCCGGAAACGGCGUUCGAAGCACCUGUCCAUGAAGAAGAAGAAGCUCCGGGUGAUGCAGGCCAUGCUGCAGCAGCAAAGGCGGUCGAGCCGAGCUAUCGAGGAGAUGUGCAGGGAGGUUCGGCGAGCCCUGCAGCAACAAAACCUCCUCCAGGUCCAGUGCCUCCAGCUGCAGGAGCGAAUGAUGAACCUUCUGGAGAAGAUGAUUCAGCCUCCCCCUGCCAUGCCAGCAUCGUGGGGUCAGGGCGGGGUCAAAGAUCCGGGGAACCCUUGAGGUGGAAGAGUUGGGGUUUUUUCGGAUGUAGAAGAUACUGUAGAUCUUAAUUUUGCCUCACCUAUAGCCUCUUUGAAGCAAAAAGUAUUUAUUUGGGGGUUAAGCUGAAUAUUUGGGUAUGUCGAAGUGUAGUUUGUAUCAGUGAUGAGAGGUGGAAUGGGCAUGAACUGUGACUGUGACUGUUAAGUAUACAAUCACAAAGGAUGGUCCAGCUCCAUUUAGUUUUUUUAUGCCAAAGUAUCAAUGAAACAGCUAGCGGAGUGCCAUUUACUUUUGCAUAUUUUUGUGUUUGCUGAAAAGCCAGGAAUUUGCAUAAGACCCAUCUCCCGAAAGCCCAUUCUGCUCUGAGUGAUCAGCUGUAGAACCAAUAAACCUGACAACCAAGGACCAUGACUCAAAACCAAAGCCAUUGUGAAAGUAAAGUGUAAUGCCAUGGGUGGCCACUAGGUGUUGGUUGCAAAAACUUGUACAUCGUAGCAUUACAUUGCUCCAAAAACCAACAUAGCGACGCCGCAGACUGUAUAUUCUUUAAGUAUAUCACUAAUAAGAGGUGGAUAGAUACGGUGACGUCAUCUACUGGUUUUGAUCUGCUAGUUUCCAUUUGACUGUAACCAUGUUGGCGCUUUUUAACCAGAUGGGAUCAUAUUCGCCAACAGGCUGGAGCUGUGGGUAUGCAAGGCAUGAUGGGCAAGCUAAUGCUAAAUGCUUGCUCACUUUGGGUAACAAAGUUAUUUGAUGGGUUUGUUAUUUUAACUUAGUGAGCACAAAUACAGUUGUGCUAUUGUGAAAAAAAAUGUUUUAUUCAAUAAACAGGAGCUUGAAAUGUCACAUUUGGCACAGGAGUGAAUGUUAGGUUUGACAUAAAAUCUUACCACCUGUGGAAUUAUUUCAAGCACAUUUUGUCAUAGGGUUCAAAUGAGACCAGACUGACUCAUGGAAACAAACUACUGAUGAAUUAUUUUUAGAGAGAAGGGCAAUGUAAGUACAGGACAUCCAGGCCUUUUAGCAGUCAGCACCUAGUGGCCAAUUGUGGUAUUACAAUUUUGAGAUACUUCAGUUGGAGCUCCUGGGUGACGUCAACCAUUCCAUCUGUUUCUAAUACAGUCUGUUGUGACGACCCAUAAGUGUUAGCAUGAAGUCCAAUUUACAUUCAAAUUAGUACAAGCCCCAAAUGCAGGAUGAGUCUCGAAAUUGUUAAAUUGUUUUCUACGAAAACUCUAAAAUACUAAAUAUAAUAAUGUAGCUUAUAGGUGUCAUGUAGCCAGAACAUAUAAAAACACAAACAUUAAAUAUAAAGAUUUCAAUAGCCAUGUUUACACAGAGAUUCUGGACGAUAGGUGAGAUGGUGAUCCCACCUUUUUACCACGACUGACCACAUUCCACAGCCAAACCAAAAGAGUAACAGAGGGAGACAGGCUGGACUUUUACACAGCGGACCUGUGUUCCAGAAUCAAAGGGUGUAACGUUUAACUUGCGCGUCAGAAAUAUCCCUAGCAUAACGGUGUUGGCUCUCAAAACAACAAUAGAGGACGAACAGAGCGCAGUGAUGCAAAUUUUAAGUUUAAUUCAAACUCAAACGGCGUCUCCCCAGUUUGACAUCUUUCUGGUCGUGUUAUGUUUGUUUACUGUAGACGGCCCACGUCAU